UCUAAGUACCGUGCUCCUCGAGACAAGCUGGUGUGCUUGCUCAACUGCUGUCGGGUGAUUACGCGUACGCUUGAAUCAAGUGAUGGAGGAUCUGCGGAUGACAUCUUGCCGAUACUUAUUUGGGUACUCAUCAAGGCUAGGCCUUCUCGACUAAGAAGCAACAUCAAUUUUAUACAAGCCUUCAG